UUAUGUUAGUCUAUGUGUCCAGAGGAAUGUGUAUGUUUUUAACUGAUUUUAUUUAAAGUUUCAUAAUAAAUACUUCUCCUGCAGGUUUUCCUAGGUGGGAACACAGAAGUCAAAGCUCUGCAGAGGAGAGUUUACAUUUUUCACCUCUGGUUUUACACAGAUGGUUCAAAAUCAGCACAUUGGAUUAUUUCUGGAGAUUACAGGAGAGCUGCAUCCAAUUUUCACAGUAGAAUGCAGAUUUUUUUUUAUGAUUUUUGCACAUUUCUGGCACUUUUUAAGUGCUGUCUCAGCCUGCCCCCAGCAACAUACCCCUCAACUCUCAGGAUGAUUUUGGGAUGCUCUACAUCACUUCAUCCCAAUCAAACCCAAAAAAAGCACAUUCAAUAAGACAAACCAACUCCAGAAAACAAUCUUGGGGAGGGAAAAAAACCUGAUUGAAAGCCAAAAAUUAUUCCAGGUUGGGUUUUUCCCCCCCAUCUUGAGAUGAUGCUCAGGAAUAAAUCUCAGCAGGUGAAAAUCUCCCCAGAGAAAACUCAAGGCUUCCACUCGAAUGAAUGCAGCAUUGUCUGUUGUUGUUUUUAAAGGGAUUGAUUAAGUGGGUGGAAAACCUGAAAUAUUUUCAUUUGGGGGUAAGAUCAAACUAAAUUCUCCAUCUUUCAGCUCCGUCCCAUCACCCUUCCAGACCCCGCAAUGUACCCAGCGUCUGUCCCAGUCAGGAGCUGCACCAGGAGUAAACCACGUGGGACAUAAAGGAUGAGAAAAAUCAAAUUUGGGGCAGUAAACACCCAGCCUUGACCCCACCAAGCAAGCCAGCUGCUCCUCUCCACGCUGUGCCACCUCGACCAGGUGUCCCCAUGGAGUGAGCCCGCACGGGGGUCCCGGCAGCUGUGCCAGCACGGGGGGACGCUGGCUGCCAGCACCGCCAGCAUGAGCGACUUUUGGCACAAGCUGGGCUGCUGCGUGGUGGAGAAGCCCCAGCCCAAGAAAAGGAGGAGACGGAUCGACCGCUCCAUGAUCGGGGAGCCCAUGAACUUCGUCCACCUGACACACAUCGGCUCCGGAGACAUGGCUGCAGGAGAGGGGCUGCCCAUGACUGGUGCUGUCCAGGAGAUGAGGUCCAAGGGCGGCCGGGAGCGACAGUGGAGCAACUCCCGUGUGUUGUAGUGUAUUCCUGGCUUUUUCAGCCCAAACUUGAACUGCCUGAUCCCCCCGCUGGAGGAGAAGCCCACCUUGAGUGCUUUAACCCCGCGGUAUUUAUGCAGCACCAUCCUCACCCAGCUCCCGGUGGCUUUGGGUCAUCGUCCCUCUGGAAAAUCCCUCCUUCCCAGAGGCACUGGCCGGUGACGUGGGGAGGGAGUGGGGACAGCAGCCCCCAUCUCCUGCCCCGCCUGCAAAGGACACAGCCGCCCCCCUGAGACGGGCCAGGAGCUGCCAGGCGCAGCCCACGUGUGCCAAACCCUCCCAGUUUUCCCUUUUCCCACUCCCGUGUCUCCCAUGGGCUGCAUGGUGGUGCCUCAGUUUCCCCAGGGAAUCAGUUAUGGUGCAGAGGCAGAUUUGGUGCCUCCCAGAACAUCACAGAGGAGCAAAACCAGGAUUAAGCCCUGAUAUUCUGGUGCCAAACCAGAAUUAAUCCCAAGAUGUUCUGGUGUCAAACCAGGAUUUGAUGUCAAACCGGGAUUAAACCCCAAUUCUUUGGAGCAGAACCGGGAUUAAACCCCGAUGCUUUGGUGCCAAACCCGGAUCAAACCCCAGUGCUCCGGUGUCUCAGCGUCACCGAGCCCACAGUGCCUCCAGCCGGCAUUCCCACCGCCGCCAAACUCCCACCUCCCUCCUUUUUUUAGGAUAUGUUCUUGUUUUUAAGCUCCCAAACCCACCUGAGCAGGCUGGGCAGGACCGUGGUGGGGUCCCCUCCACCCGGGAUUGUCCCCGGCCGAGGCCGGACAGGGCCUGAGCCGAGAAGGGCUCCGGAAUUCAGGCGCGGGUGUACAUAGUUUAAUUAGCGCCAGGAUUAAAUAUUAAAUAGCACGUGCUGGGUGACAGAGCCUUUCCCCUGCCCUGUGCUCCGCAGGGAGACGGGCUUGUCCAGCCCCGUGUCACGCUUGGGUCAGGGGUUUUUGGGACAAACAUUCCACUCUGGAGAUAAAUGCCUUGUGCUGGCCCAGG